UCUUGCAUAUCAUGCAGCCUGGCAGCCGACAACAAGGAUGGAGUGUUGUCGUAUAUAUUUAAUAUUGAUAUAUUCUGCUAUUUUACCUGCUUCCGGAGUCCUAUUUGGUAGAAAGCUUGGGGAAAAUAUACCAAAGACUAGUAAAUACAAUUAUGAUACAUAUUAUUUUGAACAAAAGGUUGACCACUUCAACUUUGCAAAUGAUGAUGUUUUCAAGCAGCGCUAUUUGGUGUCAACAGAGCAUUGGGGAGGUUAUGGAAUGCCAAUAUUAUUCUACUGUGGGAACGAGGGAGAUAUCACCUGGUUCAGUGAAAACACGGGCUUCAUGUGGGACAUCGCACCAGAGUUCAAUGCCAUGAUUGUGUUUGCAGAGCAUAGAUACUAUGGAAAAUCCAUGCCAUAUGGUGACCAGUCUUACAAGAAUCAAACACUGCUAGGCUACCUGACAGCAGAGCAAGCUCUGGCCGACUUCUCCAUCUUGAUUCGCCACAUGAAGGCCACAAUGAAAGAUGCUGGUGGCAGCCCAGUUGUAGCCUUUGGGGGCUCUUAUGGUGGCAUGCUGGCUGCGUGGCUCAGGAUGAAGUAUCCUAAUAUUGUUGUAGGUGCAAUGGCAGCAUCAGCUCCUAUCUGGCAGUUCACCAAUGUAACAGUAUGCUCAUUGCCAUAUCAAAUAGUCACAAAGGAUUUUGAUAGUGCCAGUAAAAACUGCUCCAAGGUAGUGAAGAGAUCAUGGGAUGUCAUCAACACGUUAGCAAAGUCAGAUGAAGGGCGUUCAAAACUCACCAAGUUGUUGAGACUUUGCAGUAAAGUUGAAGACCAAGAGGAUGUUAGUGGUGUCAAAAGCUGGAUCAGUGCCACAUGGUUUAACUUAGCAAUGGUGGACUAUCCUUACCCAGCAAACUUUCUAGAACCACUUCCUGCCUGGCCAGUCAAGGAGGUGUGUAAGAAUAUGAAUGACACUGAAGCUUCAAGCGAUGCCAUCUUGAUGCAGGUUGCUAAUGCCCUCAACGUGUACUACAACUUCACAGGCAACCAAAAGUGCUUCAACACAUCUAAUCAAGCAGUGUCCAGCCUAGGUGACUUGGGAUGGUCUUACCAGGAGAUGGUGAUGCCAAUGUGUUCAGAUGGUAAGAAUGACAUGUUUGAACCUUCUCCAUGGAACAUACAAACUUAUGCUGAAGGAUGCCAGAAAUUCUGGGGCGUGACUCCGAGACCCGAGUGGAUUCCUGUACAUUAUUGGGCGAAGGAUUUAAGAGCGGCAAGUAACAUUAUAUUUAGCAAUGGAAUGCUUGAUCCUUGGUCUGGGGGUGGAGUGCUCAACAUUACCUCUGAUGACAUCACUACCAUUCUGAUUCCUGAUGGGGCUCACCAUCUUGAUCUCAGAACUCCGAAUGUAAAGGAUCCCAUUUCAGUCAGAGAAGCAAGGGUCUUGGAGAAAGUUACUAUCAUGAAAUGGAUAAAAUCUGCGGAAAAUUCUAAAUUAUAAAUAUCCAUAAUUUCUCAAAAUGCUUGCAGAGGACUUCGAAAUAUGUAUUUCAGUAAUAAACAAGUAUUUUAUAAUGAGAGUUCAUGGUGAUUAAUUAGCAUUUGUUCAUUACCAUUUUCUUAUCUCAGUAUACAAUUGUCUAUGGUUUUAUAAAUUUUUUUUUUUUAAAUGCAACCAUUUAGUUCAAUUAUUGGUCACAAAAGGUGGUACAUGAGACCAAUCACCCAAAUGUAUUUACUAGAAAAUAUUAAUUCAAAAUGAUUACUAACACUACAAUAAAUAUAAACAGUACUGUAUUUAGGUAUAAGAUCUGAAUCAGAACCAAGUGUAUCUGUCCUCACAGAAAUUACAUUGGUCAUUGGGUACAUUGGUACGAUAACUUAAAAUGUUGAUUAAUUAUGAAAUUGAGUGUACAAACAGUACUUAAAAUAUGUCAUAGAUUGAUUGAUUAAAAUCAUAUUCUUAUUCUUAUUCUUUAUUGCCAGAAACAAUACAAAAACAUACGCAUACAGUCAACUCAGGGAGUAGGCAGGAACCAAAUAGGGAACUAAAAUAAAUCACACUAGCAGAAGUUAGGAUUCCAUACUCCCUAAGCAACAAUACAUAACAAUAAAUAUAUAAAUUUAUAGAUAUUAAUAAACUCUUACAGUCUAGAUAUCGAAUAAUAAAAAGAUUAAAACAAUAAAAAUCAAGCAAUUUAACAAAGCAGAAAAAAAGAGAAAUGGGAAUGAAAAAAGAGUGAACCAUCAUUCAUCAUCAUCACACUGUGAACUGUUAUCAUCUCACUGAUUGGUGAAGAAUGUUCCAAGAUUGUGCCACAUUUUCCUGUUUUGUUUUUAAAAAAAACAUGAUAAAAAUUAAGAAGGGUAACAUAGGAAGAAAGGGGUUAGCAUAGAAAACGCAAAUAAAAUUCAUGAAAUUCAUUUGUAUACCAUGGAAAUUCAUAGAAAAUUUAAUUUGCACCGUUAUAUUAUGCAAGAAGUGAUGGUAAUAUUGAUUGUCAAUUAUUGAUAAUAAUAAACCAUGUACAACUCCGUUAUGUGUUAGACCUACAUUUAUAAAUUCUUAAAAAAUCAGAAUAAUAAUAGAAUAACUAAAGAAAAAUAAUUGAAAAGUCAAAAUAACCACAAUAAACAUACGUAUUUAGCAAACAAUGGCCAGUAUACUCGAUGCGUAUAUUUGUAUCACAAGACUGUUAUAAAUAAGAGUAAUGCUACAAUAAAUGUAUGUUUUUGUUUGUAUUUUUGUACCAAUAUAUAAUUAUAAAUAAAAUCUGUUUUUUUGUAGUAGGCCUAUCCUUUUUUAUAAUAAAUAAAUGUGACCGGGAUUAUGGAUGAAAA